AUGGCAGCCCUCAACGUCGCAGGCAAUCCUAUCACCAGUGGAAAGCGUCCAGCUGGAACUGUGCUCCUCGAGGAGCCUAUAAAACGUUUUCGAAUUCCGACUGUGAAAGCCGAAUGCAUCAUGGACGACAGCAUCGAUUUGGUGACUUAUUGCGCACCUGAGGAGAUCGACAUCAUCGACGCUGAAACAGGGCAGAAGUAUCAAACUUGUCGCAUCCCUGUCAUGAUGAGCGGCGUACUCAGAGGUUUUGUGCCGCUCCCCAGGCGAUACGAAGGGGUAUGGUUGGAAUUAGCUUACAAUAUUGUCAUGUUCAGGUGCACAUGGAAGUUUUGGGCGGAGGAAGAGAGAAAGGCAAGGAGAAGGCAACACAGGGACAAUGCUGCCACAUUGCGUCGCACAACUGGCACGCAGCUCGCGCAACACAUGUUGGCUAGGUUGAUCGCCGUUCGAGAAUUGGUCAGCUGGGAGCAUGAUACUGAAAAGUCCGGUCAUGAGAGGGUCCGAACUCUAGACGAAUGGAAGAUUCGAUCGUCCCGCGACAUGUUUAACAUUCCCUACGAUAAGGUGCCAGUCGCAGAUCGCAAGUUUCUGGCUGCGGAUCCUAUCAGAGCAGAAAACCUCGCGCUGUUCGAAGGGGAUUGGAACCUGGACGAAGAGGGCAAGAGGAUGUUGUCACCACCUGAAGACCUUGCGGAAUGGAUUCAUGGCGAACUCGAAGAAUUUGAGGAAACGUUUAACACUAUCAUCAAACCUCAAGCUCUGAAAGAUCUCAAGUCAUCUGGUAUUUAUCGGCAAACUCAAUACGAACAAGGGGCAAGGCUUCCGACGCAAUGGCAUGAGGGCCAUGAACCUCAUCCUUACUUUUGGAGUGUGAAACAGUGGAAUUGGACGGCUGCAGGGAACGAUGUCUGGCACAAGCCUAUUGACUUUCUGUAUUACGUUCUCAAGGAAGACCCGCCUUACACUCAGUUCGAGGAGUUCACGCAAGAUCUGGACGCUCUAUUCAACAUGGUCGUUAUAGAGCCUGCCUUGCCAAAGAUUCAUGGACUCGCCCACCAGCUUUGGUACGGAGAACGGACUUGGAGAGAGUUCGUGAAGGCCUUGUUGGACAACCACCUGCAAAUUCGCGGGGCUGUCACUACCACAUCGGAGCAAAGAGACCCAAACAACGUUUUUGACAACUUCGACGGUCGUUUGGUACUGGAAGGUUAUGUUCGUCGGCACAAUUUGAGCCCAGAGCAACCUUGGGACGACUCGGACGUAAUGGUAUGGUCGUCUCUGAAACGAGUCUACGAGAAACAGUACAAGAUAGGUUGCAAAUGGAUGAUUUCACAAAUCAUACAGGGCCACAAGGUAACAGAUGUGAUACGGGCAGCGGGGCCAUGGUGGAUCGAAAGGCAGAAGAAGCUGGCAGAGAAGGCGGGGGCAGAGGCGAACACUAACACCGCUGAGAAUGAAGAUCAUGCAGGUCAAGCUGUUCCUUCUGGACAGGACAAGGAAAUGCAGCAGGACAAAGAUCUUCACUCGUCGAGCACUGGGCCUGACGCCCUCGAUGAAACAAUGCAAAAUGGCACUGAUCAAUCCACGAAUGAUGUGAACAUGGAAGAUGACGGUGGCGUGCAGGGAUCUGCUCAGUCUGGAGAAGAGAAUGAGCACAACGGCCAAGCAAAUGGGACGUCGGACGCUGCGACGGAGAAUC